AUGGCUUAUUACACACGCCUGGCCAGUUCACAGGGAUAUUUCCCAAGACUUGAAAACGUGGGUGCUUUCAAAAACAUUACUAUUGUGCCAACCCAAGCUACCUGUGGACUGCCAGACCGGAGUGCUUUUUGUCAAAGUUCUGUUGCUGUUGAAAGUAUUCACUCAUGUAUCCAGCAGUUUUGUAUUCAGAAAUGCCCAUAUAGGUCAUCAGCUGCAUCCUAUAUUGCCAUUCUCUCAGAAGGCCUGGGCAUCUGCAUCACUCAAGACAAAAACGAGUUGCAUCCUGGAUCUUCUAUCAGCUCAUCAAGCUUUAUUUUUCAUAACCUAACGGGUUGCUUUUCAACUCCCCGUGCUCGGAAGCUUGGAGUGUCAUUUACUUUAACUGUGUGGCUGAAACCUGAGAAAGAAGGUGUAAUGUGCAUAGUGGAGAAAGCUGUUGAUGGGCAGACUGUGUUCAAGCUUACAAUCUCUGAGAAAGAGACCAUGUUUUAUUAUCGCACUCUAAAUGGGCUGCAGCCACCAAUAAAAGUAAUGACACUGGGGAGAAUUCUUGUGAAGAAAUGGAAUCAUCUUAGCGUGCAGGUUCACCACACCAGAAUCAGUUUCUUCAUAAAUGGUUUGGAAGAUGACAACACAGCUUUUGAUUCCAGAAGUCUUGUUGGAUUAAUUGCAGAUCUUUCUGUUGAUGGUGAAUGGCAAGUUGGACAAAAUUUGCAUGGUUCAGAGCAAUUUGUUGGGAGGAUGCAAGAUUUCAGAUUGUACCAAGUGGCACUUACAAACAGAGACAUUUUUGAAGUACAGUCUGGGAAGUUUCCUGAACUGCACACUCAGUCUGAAUGUCGCUGUCCUGGCAGUCACCCCAGGGUACACCCCUUGGUGCAGCGAUACUGCAUUCCUAAUGGUGCUGAUGACACAACUAAUGACAGGGUGCUCAGAUUAAACCCUGAAUCUCAUCCUCUGAGCUAUAUCAAUGAUAAUGAUAUUGGAACUUCAUGGAUUUCAUCUGUAUUCAGCACCACUGAACAAUUCAACCAUGGAGUAACCAUCACCAUAGACUUAGAAAAUGGACAGUACCAGGUGUUUUACAUUAUACUUCAGUUCCUUAGUCCACAACCUGAAGCAAUACGAAUACAAAGAAAAAAGCAAAAAGACUUUGACUGGGAAGAUUGGCAAUACUUUGCAAGGGACUGUGGUGUGUUCGGAAUGGAGAACAAUGGAUUGCUAGAGAACCCAGACUCUGUCAACUGCCUCCAGCUUCCUAGCAUCACUCCAUAUUCCCGUGGAAACAUUACUUUCAGCAUUCUCACGCCAGAACCAAAUCGUCGGCCUGGGUACAAUGACUUCUAUAAUACUCCAGCACUUCAAGAAUUUGUAAAAGCCUCACAAGUGAAGAUUCAUCUACUUGGCCAGUAUCAUACUACCAUGCCUUGGAUUAACUUGAAGCACAGAUACUAUGGAGUUGAUGAAAUUACUGUCAGUGGGAGGUGUAAUUGUCAUGGCCAUGCUGAUCACUGUGAGACAAGUACUAACCCAUAUCGAUGCCUUUGCUCUGAGGAAAGCUACACAGAAGGCAACAAUUGUGAUCAUUGUUGGCCGCUGUACAAUGAUAAGCCUUUUCAUCCAGGAGAUCAAGUUCAUGCUUAUAAUUGCAAGCCUUGUCAGUGUUAUGGCCAUGCAGUAAGCUGUCACUACAACAGGACAAUGGAUUCUUUUCCUAAUGAACACUAUAGGGGUGGUGGCGGAGUCUGUGAUAACUGUCAACACAACACCACAGGAAAGAACUGUGAGCUGUGUAAGGAUUUUUUUUAUCGGCAUGCAGAUGCAGAUCUCUCAGCUGUGGAUGUUUGCAAACCUUGUGAAUGCUACAUAGCAGGCACCAAAAACAGUAGCCGCCUCUGUAAUAAGAUUGGAGGCCAGUGUAAUUGUAAGAGACAUGUGUCUGGCAGACAGUGCAAUCAGUGCCAGGAAGGAUUCUACAAUCUACAACAGUCAGACCCUGAUGGCUGUAGCCCCUGUAACUGUAAUACCUCUGGGACAGUCGAUGGAGAUAUUACCUGUCACCGAAAUUCAGGCCAGUGCAAGUGCAAAGAAAAUGUUAUUGGUCUCAGGUGUGAUCAAUGCAACUUUGGAUAUAAGCUCCUCCAAAAUAUUAACCAAAGCAGAUGUGAGCCUUGCCAGUGUCAUAUCCAUGGCUCCAUGAAUGAGUUCUGUAACCCUUCCACUGGCCAGUGUAACUGUAGGGAAGAUGUCAGAGGGCUUCAUUGUGACACCUGCAUUGAUGGCUUUUAUGGGUUGGAUGCUUCUUCCCGCUGUAAGCCCUGUGACUGCAAUACAACAGGAUCUGUGUCUGGAACUGUGUGUAAUUCUAAAACAGGACAAUGUGUUUGCAAACUGAACUUUGGGCAAAGACAGUGUGGCGACUGCUUGGAUGGGCACUACACAGUGCAGCAAAAUGAUUCCUUAGCUUGUCUGCCAUGUAACUGUGAUGUGGCUGGCACGGUAAGUGGCUCUCGGCUAUGUGAGAAAUCAACAGGACAAUGUGCUUGCAAAAGUGGUGUCACAGGCCUUCAGUGCAAUCAGUGCAUGCCUCGUAUGUACAAUCUCACUGCUAGAAAUCUUCUUGGCUGUGAGAUUUGUGACUGCGAUCCCUUGGGGACACUACCAGGAUCAGUUUGUGACCAAAUCAAUGGACAAUGUGUUUGCCUGCCUCAUCGCCAUGGAAGAAAGUGUGAUAAGUGUAAACCAGGUUUUUAUGUUUCUCCACAGAGUGUUAAUGGCUGCCUUCCCUGUUCAUGCCACACAACUGGUUCAGUGGAUGAGGUCUGCAAUGGUCUUACUGGCCAGUGUAUUUGCCAAGAUUUUUCUGUAGUUGGAACAAGAUGCGACCACUGCAGGGCUCUGUAUUAUGGAUUUCAUCCUGAAACUGGGAGAUGUCAGCAUUGUAAUUGUCAUCCUGCAGGAGCCAUUAAUGGGACUUGUCAUCCCAUUACUGGACAAUGUGUAUGUAAACAAUUUGUUACUGGCUCAAAAUGCGACAACUGUGUUCCCAAUGCUAGUAAUUUGGAUGUCGACAACCUAUUUGGCUGCAGUAAAAUGCCUUCUCAGCAACCUCCACCAGGAGGACAAGUUCUAAAUUCUUCUGCUAUCAACCUUGCUUGGAAUCCACCCGAUUCUCCAAAUUCCAACAGGCUUAUUUACAAGCUCUACAGAAAUGAGAGUAGAAUCUAUACAAUGGAGGACUACCACCCUUACAGCCCCCAGGUCUUCACCGAUAGCUCUUUGUAUCCCUAUGCUUUCUACUCAUAUCACCUUGAGACCAGCAAUAUCCAUGGUUCUACAAGAAGCUCGGCCUUGACAUACAGGACACAGCCUGGAAUACCCGUAGGAGACUUGCAUUUAAACCCAGUCCUUCCUGUUGGAUCACGCUCUGUUUCAUUCAACUGGACAGCCCUGUCAAACAACUCUGGUCCUAUUGAAAAAUAUAUCUUGACAUGCACUUCUGCAGUUGAUUUUCAGCCUUGUGGCCAGUAUGAAGGUUUAGAAACUUCAGCAGUUCUUUGGAAUUUGGUUCCAUUUACCAACUACAGUUUUUAUGUUCAAGCAUGCACAAGUGGGGGUUGUUUGGUGAGUCAGCAGGUGGCAGUAAUUACUGCACAGGCCCCUCCUGAGGAGCAGCAGCCUCCAGUCAUACAAAGCAUCAGCUCUACAGAAUUUGCCGUAGAAUGGGAUCCACCCAAGAAACCAAAUGGUAUAAUCAUUAGGUAUGAACUAUAUAUGAAAGGAACACUCCAAUCAAAUGGAAGCCAUAUUCUCCCUGAGAAUCGUGUUUUCCAAUCCAGUGGAUGGUUCAGUCCACACCCAGUGAUAGACUCUGCCAAUGAGAAUGCUUUGACACCACCUCUAACUAGCAGCAAAGUUACUGAUUUGGAGCCAUUCACUGUGUAUGAAUUUCGUGUUUUAGCAAUCAAUAUGGCUGGGAGCACAUUUUCAAAUUGGACAUCCAAGAGAACUGCAGAAGCAGCUCCUGUAUUCAUGCCACCUCCAUCAGUAUUCCCUCUUUCACCAUAUUCUCUCAAUGUAUCUUGGGAAAAACCACGAGAUAAUGAAGCAAGAGGAGAAGUGAUGGGGUACAGCAUCAAUGUAAUUACUGAACAAAAAGUCUUGCCAGUGUUUUCUCAGGUUCUGUAUAUCGCUGAAGCUCAUGAGCAAUCCCACACAGUGAUAGGACUGGAACCCUACAGAAUUUACUAUUUUACCAUUACUCUCUGCAAUCGUGUUGGUUGUGUCAGCAGUGAGCCAGGAAUGGGACAAACUUUAGCAGCUGCUCCAGGACAGCUAACUGCCCCUUACACCGAAGGAAUAAACAGCACAGCAAUAAAGAUAAGUUGGAACGAACCUAAAGAACUUAAUGGGCCUCCUCCAAUCUAUCAGCUGGAGAGAAUGGAUGCAUCUUUAGUAACAUCAAAUAUAACUGUAAUGAAAGGAGUUCGUUUCCCAGGAAAUGGGUAUUAUAAAUUCCCAAGUUCUACUCUCCCUGCCAACACAUAUUUUACAGGUAUUAAAGUGAGCUUUAGAACUGUGGAACCUGAUGGUUUAAUUCUUUUGUCUGUGUCGCCUGGGAACCAAGAGGAAUAUAUUGCACUUCAGUUGCAAAGUGGGCGUCCUUAUUUUCUCUUUGAUCCACAGGGAUCUGCUGUUGCUGUAACUCCAGAUAAUGAUGGUGGAAGACAAUAUAAUGAUAAUAGUUGGCACCAUAUAAUUGCUGUAAGAAAUCAGGCUAUGGGAAAAAUCACAGUGGAUGGGCAGUUCACAGGGUUCUCAUCAGCUACCAGUGGUAGUACCAUUAUUGGGGAAAACACAGGCGUUUUUGUUGGAGGACUUCCAGAGGGCUUUGAAAUCCAAAGAAAAGAUACAGGCAACACUAAAAUAGUUAAAAAAGGGUUUGUGGGGUGUCUCCGAGACAUAACUUUGAAAAAGAAGCACCAUCCCUAUGAAGUUUGGGAACCUUUAGAAUGGAAAGAAGCCGUGAAGCAAAGAAAUGUUUAUCACAGCUGGGAAGGGUGUCCCAACGUGUAUGCAAAUGGGACACAUUUCCUCGGAAAAGGUUUCCUAGAACUCCAUUCAAAUAUUUUUUAUGGUGGUCUGGAUGUUGAGAUCUCCUUUAUAUUUAAAACAGAUCAGCUGAAUGGAUUACUUCUGUUUGUUUACAACAAAGAAGGGCCUGAUUACCUUGCUGCAGAACUGAAAAGUGGAAUCCUGACCUUUCUGCUAAAAACUGGCAUUGUUUCCACACAUGUGAACCUCUGGUUAGGAUUCUCAUAUUGUGAUGGAAAAUGGAAUAAAGUUAUUCUGAAAAAAGAAGGAUCGGUAGUUUCAGCAAGUGUGAAUGAUUGGACAGAGCAUGUGGUGCAACCUGGUUUAGAGCAGCUGACUGUAAACUCUCCAGUCUACAUUGGAGGAAUCCCAGAGGAAGUUCAGAAUGCCUUUCAAGAGCUGGGAUUAGAGCAAGGUUUUGGUGGCUGCAUGAAGGAUGUUAAAUUUACACGAGGUGCUGUCGUUAACUUGGCAUCUGUGUCCAGCAGUGCUGUCAGAGUCAAUCUGGACGGAUGUCUAUCAACUGACAGUGCUCUUAACUGCAGGGGAAAUGACUCCAUCCUAGUGUACAGAGGAAAAGAGAGGAGUGUUUAUGAGAGUGGUCUACAGCCAUUUACAGAAUAUCUGUACCGAGUAAUUGCUUCUAACAAAGGAGGAUCUGUGUCUAGUGCCUGGAGCCGUGGCCGCACAAGAGAAUCGGUCCCACAAAAUGUGCCAACGCCCUCAAGAGUUCACAGCAUAAAUGGUUACAACGUUGAGGUUACCUGGGACGAACCAGCUGGGGUCAUAGGUGUAAUUGAGAAGUAUAUUCUGAAAGCGUCCAGUGAAGAUGGUCCCAGCAUAUCUACUGUCAGUGCAGAGAUUUCUAAUACUAGUGCACUCAGAGGCAUGCUGACAGGCUUGCAGCCCUUCACAAAGUAUGCUAUAACCCUAACGGCCUGCACUUUGGCUGGCUGUACUGAAAGCUCACAUGCCUUGAACAUCUCCUCUCCACAAGAAGCUCCUCAAAAUGUCCAGCCACCCACGGCGAUUUCAUUCCCUACAUCAUUACUGCUGAGUUGGUCUCCACCAAAAACACCAAAUGGGAUUAUAACAGAAUAUUAUUUAUACAUGGCUACUCAACUAAUCUACACCGGAAAUGAAACCAAACAUAUUGUCAAGGAUUUAAGAGUUUUUACAGGAUACCAGUUUCUCAUCACUGCCUGCACAAUUGCUGGCUGUACGAACAGUUCCCGGGUCACUUUGUUUACAGCACAGCUGCCACCAGCUCAUGUAGAUGCACCAGAUCUCACUGUUUUGGAUUCGAGGACCAUAUACGCACAGUGGAAAGCACCGGAGGAAGUAAAUGGAAAUCUCCGUCGCUACCUUCUGUACAUUGCCAACAUUGAGAAAAAUGUUACAGUUUGGAACAUAAUCUAUAACAGUACAGAUCUUUCCCGGGACUAUACUAUCCGCUAUCUUUCCCCUGGUACCAAAUACUUCAUUACACUUGCAGCCUGCACUGGAGGCGGAUGUACGAUAAGUGAAACUACUUCAGCAAUAACAACUGAGAGUACUCCAGAAGGUAUUCCUGCUCCUGAAGCCCAGUCGUAUUCCUCUGACUCCUUUAACAUCUCGUGGACUAAGCCAGAGUACCCAAAUGGGAUUAUUACUAGUUAUGGAUUGUAUAUGAAUGGAAUUCUGGUCCAGAGCUCCUUGAAGCUCAAUUAUUAUACUUCGGGACUUUCUCCUUGGAGUCUGCAUUCCUUCAGAGUUCAGGCAUGUACUGCAAAAGGCUGUGCUUUGGGCCCACUGAUAGAAGCUCGUACGAUUGAAGAUGAUCCUGAAGGAAAAAUAGAAGUAUUUGUCAUUAAUGAUGGAUCCAGGGGGAUUCAAGUAAAAUGGCUUCCCCCACAUAAACCAAAUGGGCAGCUGAACUAUUCUGUCCUCCUCUCAGGCUUCUUCUAUACUGAUGAAGCUACUCACAAUUAUGUUAUUUUAAAUGGCACACAAAUUUUACAUACCAAUAAAGAAGCAAAUAUCUGGGUGCCCAUUGGAGGACUAGUACCAUUUUCAAACUACACCGUACAAGUCAAUGCUUCCAAUAGUCAAGGAUAUCUGAUAAGUGAUCCUGCAACAAUUGCCAUACCACCCGGGGCUCCAGAUGGUGUGUUGCCUCCAAGGCUUUCAUCUGCCACGCCGACCAGUCUUCAGGUUGUCUGGUCUACACCAGUUCGCAACAAUGCUCCAGGCUUAGCCAGCUACCGACUCCAAAUGAGACCCAGGCACUCCCCAGAAGAUAUUCUAGAGUUGCUUUCCAAACCUUCAGCUACUUUAAACCAUAUAGUCACGGAUCUGCAGCCAUACACAGCAUAUGAGAUGAGAGUGAUCGCCUGCAAUGGAUAUGGUGAUGCAUACAGUGACUGGGCUACAAUGGUUACAGCAGAGGACAAACCAGGUCCUAUAGACCCACCACUUCUGUUGGAUAUUAAAUCCAGAGCAGCAACCAUUUCCUGGCAACAUCCAUUAAAGUCAAACGGCAUUAUAACCCACUACAACAUUUAUCAAAAUGGCCAGCUGCACACUACAAUUCCAGGAACCAGAUCUAAAUGCACUGUUCAUUAUUUGUACCCUUACACAGCUUACCAGUUUCAAGUAGAAGGCUGCACCUCAAAAGGAUGCUCUCUUUCCCCUGAGACCCCAUCCAUACAGACUCUUCCAGAUGCCCCUGAAGAUAUUCCUGCUCCAGAACUCUAUUCUGACACACCAACAUCUGUGCUAAUAUCGUGGCAGCCUCCUCUUCAGCCAAAUGGAAUUGUGGAAAACUUUACAAUAGAAAGGAGAGUGAAAGGAACAGAACAAAUAUCUACUGUUGCCUUCUUGCCCGUCAAUCAUUCCAAGAACUAUCUGGACCAAAGUGCUGCUCUUAGUCCUUGGAAGAAAUAUGAAUACAGAAUAUUGGCAAAUACUUUUAAAGGAGGCAGUAACAGCAGUACUUGGGCAGAAGUGAUCACCAGGCCCUCAAGACCUGCAGGUGUCCAGCCUCCUGAACUGCAAGCAUUAGGACCAGAAGCCAUACAGGUUUCCUGGAAGGCUCCUUUCAUACUGAAUGGAGAAAUACUUAGCUAUGAGAUCCGCAUGCCAGAUCCUCGAAUCACCCUUACCAGCAACCUCUCGUCUUCAAUGAGUUAUGUAGUAACCAAUCUGAUUCCUUUCACAAACUACUCAGUCACAAUCGUGGCUUGCGCUGGAGGUGGUGGCUACCUUGGAGGAUGCACAGAGAGUCUGCCUACAUAUGUGACUACUCAUGCAACACUUCCACAAGGCAUUAGCCCAUUGUCUGCAACCUCAAUUAGUGAGUCAUUUAUUGCUAUUUCCUGGCAACCACCAUCCAGGCCCAAUGGACCUGAUAUAAGAUAUGAGCUCCUGAGACGUAAAAUCCAGCAGCCACUUGCAUCAAAUCCCCCUGAAGAUUUAAAUCUCUGGCACAAUAUUUACUCAGGAACUCAGUGGUUUUAUGAAGAUAAGGGUCUUAGCAGGUACACAACAUAUGAGUAUAAGCUCAUAGUACACAACAAGGUGGGAUAUGCACCGAGUGAAGAAGUGGUUGCUACGACACUGGCAGGUUUUCCAAAGAAGGGAAGUAAUGUCACUGCACAACCUCUGAAUCAUACUGCUAUAGAAGUAGCGUGGACGACUCCAACCCUGCAAGAUCUACAAGGAAGUAUUGAGUAUUACAACCUCUCCUGGAAUGCCACUGACCCUGGUAACUCCAGGAAGAUCUCUGCCAGUGAAAACCGCACCAUCAUUGGCGACUUGCAUCCUAACACAGAGUAUCAGAUUUUGCUUCGAGUUUUCAAUGGGGUACACAGCAUCACAAGUGAGGUGGCACACGUGACGACUUCAGAUGGAGAGCCGGAGGGCAUGUUCCCUCCAGAGGUUGUCAUCAUCAACAGUACAGCUGUACGUGUCAUCUGGACAUCGCCUUCAAACCCAAAUGGGGUUGUCACGGAGUAUUCUGUCUAUGUAAAUAAUAAGAGAUACAAGACUGGAAUGAAUGCACCCGGGUCUUUUCUUGUAGGAGAUUUGUCCCCAUUCACUAUUUAUGAUAUACAGGUUGAAGUCUGCACAGUGUAUGCUUGUGUAAGAAGUAAUAGAACCCAAAUUACAACUGUGGAAGAUGAACCCAAAGAACUAUCAGCUCCAUGGAUUCAUGUCCUCGGUCCAAGGUCACUUCAAAUUAACUGGGCAUCACCCGGACAACCAAAUGGCAUUAUCUUAGGAUACAGUUUGUUGCGUAAAGCUCAACGAUCAUGCAGUGCGGCACAGCAGCAAUCCAUGUACGGGAGCGAAGCGGCAUGUCUCUCCUUGGAAUGUGAUAUCAAUGAAAAUAUCUGUGGGGUCCUGUGCUAUAAUCCACAGUUUAAGGUGUGCUGUAAUGGGAUUUUGCACAACAAUACACCAGGCUUCCAGUGCUGUGAGGACAAGUACAUCCCAUUUAUUCUUAAUAUAUCAGGCAUUUGCUGUGGUGGCCAGAUGCAUGCAGUGCAACCAGAGUAUCAGUGUUGUGGUGGCUAUUACACAAAGGUAUUAGCAGGAGAGGUUUGUUGCCCAAAUGAAGAACAAAACUGGGUUUCCGUUGGGAUUGGAGACUCCUGCUGCCAGGGAACUCCUUAUUCCACAUCAGGAAACCAGAUCUGUUGUGGUGGAUCACUUCAAGAUGGCUUUAAUCAUCUCUGCUGUGGGGAGCAAAUAGUAAGCAAAGACGUGAUCUGUUGUGGCAAUGAAGAAAAAGGAACCGUCCACAGUCCUAAAGCAGGGAUGUUCUGUUGUGGGCAUGAAUAUGUGAACAUGUCAAGUACCAUAUGCUGCUCAGCUUCCAGUGGCAAGUCUAAAGCCCACAUUAAAAAGAAUGACCCAGUGCCAUUAAAAUGCUGUGAGACUGAACUUAUUCCAAGGAGCGAGGAAUGUUGUAAUGGACUUGGAUAUAAUCCUUUGAAAUAUGUUUGCUCUGACAGGAUUUCAGCUGGAAUGAUGAUGAAGGUAAAAGAAGAAUGCAAAGCCAGUACUCUUUGCCCUGUAUCCAUGGAAGCAACAGCAUACUGUGGGCGAUGUGACUUUGACCAACAUGCCCACAUAUGUGCUUGGAUAAAGAGCUCCUGGAAUAAUACAGAGAAGAAAGAAAAUGAAGGCAUAUGCCCAACUGUAGAGGAAAAAAUCUAUAUGGGAGGUCCAACUCUAUAUUCGUUUACAGAUCUGAACCUAGAACCUCAUGUUACAUAUGAAUACAGGGUAGCUGCGUGGAACAAACAUGGGAAAGGUUUAAGUGAAAUUGGCCGUGCUACCACUAAGCAAGAUGUGCCUGAAGGUGUAAAUCCACCCCUCUGGGCCAAAGUGGACAAUCGGGAAGAUAUAAUAUUUCUAAGCUGGAAAGAGCCUCGUCAACCAAAUGGUAUAAUCAUUUACUAUAUUAUUCUCCGAAAUGGGAUUGAGCGCUUCAGAGGAAAGGAACUGAGCUUCACAGAUACGGGCGGUAUUCAACCAUAUCAGGAAUAUUCGUAUCACUUGCGUGUGUGCACUGUUGCUGGUUGCACAGACAGCAACAAGGUAGUUGCAGUCACUGUCCAAGGAAUCCCAGAGAGUGUUCAGGCACCAACAGUUACAGCACUGAGUGCAAUGGCAUUGCAUUUGAGUUGGUUGGCACCAAAGAAGCCAAACGGCAUCAUCAGAGAAUACCAGAUCAGUCAAAUUGGAAAAGGUCUUAUACAUGUGGAUUCUGCAGGCAAGAUGGAACACAUGGUAUCAGAUCUUCAACCACACAGAAACUACAGUUUCAUACUUGCUGCAUGUACAUUUGCUGGAUGUGUUUCCAGUCAAGCAGGUUCAGGAAGAACACUGCAAGCCGCUCCUCAAGGGGUAUGGUCCCAGCCUCGUCAUAUCAUAGUUGGCUCUAGAGUGGUGGAAUUGUAUUGGGAUGAACCAGAGAAGCCAAAUGGAAUUAUUUCUCAAUAUCGAUUGCUUCGUAAUGGAGAAGAGAUUUUCAAGGGUGGUAAAGAAAACCUGAAUUUCACUGAUUUGGGCCUGCAACCAAACACCAGAUAUGUUUACCAGUUAGAAGCCAGCACAUGGGGUGGUAGCAAUUCUAGUGACAAAUACGUUAUCCAAACUCCAGUAGCUACACCAGAGGAAAUUCAAGCCCCAUAUAAUGUCACAGUAAUAGAUGCAUAUUCCAUAUUUGUAGCUUGGGACAUUCCUGGAUCAUUUAAGAGCAACAUGCCUUUAAAGUACAAUGUAUUACUAAAUGCUGGAAGUACUUCGCCACUUGUAAAACCAGUUGGCCAGCCUAACUUUGCUCUUUUGGAGGGUCUGGAUCCGUACACACAAUAUGAGAUAAGGAUACAAGCCUGCCAGAAUGUUGGCUGUGGAGCAGGUGAACGGGCCUAUUCAAGGACUGCUGAAGCACCCCCAGAGGAUUUGAGUCCACCUGUAGUUACAGCCACUGGAUCAGCCUCUAUAGAAGUGAAAUGGUUGCCACCAAAGAAACCCAAUGGGAUAAUUCAAAAUUACUUUGUUUACAGACGUCCUGUGGGCACUCAAGAGGAACUGCUUGUCUUCAUCUGGUCUGCAGGCAUGUUGGAAUUUAUUGAUGCUACGGAUAUUCUGCAGCCGUCUACGGAGUACGAAUACCAUGUCAGGGCUCAGAAUUCCAAGGGCUCUGUGGAUAGUCGGUGGUCUUCAACUCAAACUCUAGAAGCUCCACCUUGGGGAAUGAAACCCCCCUGGGGUCAAGCAAUAAGUGCUUACUCAGUACUACUCAACUGGACUGACCCCGUUUCUCCUAAUGGUGCUAUUUCUCAAUAUCGUGUUGUCUGCCAAGAGAGACAGAGUGACCCAACUUUUAACACCCCAGCUAUUACUGCAUUAACUGUACCGGGAACAAUGCAUCAAACUCAUUUGUUUGGUUUGAAGCCAUUCACAACCUACCAGAUUCACAUCGUUGCUGUCAACAAUGCAGGACAAGUUUCAAGUCCAUGGACUUCAGUGCGCACACUGGAAGCUUCCCCAAGUGGCCUGAGCAACUUUACAGUAGAAAAAAAAGAGAAUGGCAGGGCACUGUUACUUAAAUGGGCAGAGCCUUCCAAACCCAAUGGCGAAAUUAAGACUUACAAUAUUUUCAAUGAUGGUAACCUCGAGUAUAGUGGUUUGUCUCGCCAGUUCCUCUUCAGACGCCUGGAGCCUUUUACUCUUUAUACUCUAGUCCUUGAGGCUUGUACUGGAUCUGGCUGCACCCGCUCUGCACCCCAGCCCAUCUGGACAGAUGAAGCCCCUCCUGCAUCUCAAAUGGCCCCUAUAAUCCAGGCUGUCAAUGCAACCAGCAUCCAACUGAGCUGGUCUCAGCCAAUUAAUUCAAAUGGAAAGAUCACACGCUAUGAAGUUAUUCACAGGCGUGCCAAAGGAAAUGCUUCAGGGGAGAAUGCAACAAGCGGAGAAAAGAAAAUUGUUUUCACAGAAUAUAACACUGGGAGUCAUAACUUUGUAUACAGUGCUCAGCAUCUGCAGCCAUGGACUUGGUAUGAAUAUAAAAUACGUGCCUGGAAUUCAGCCGGUUACACUGACAGCUCUUGGUCUGCCACAAGGACUAGCCAAGCUGCCCCAAAGGGUUUGGCUGCUCCCAACUUGCAGUAUAUACUGGCAAGUCCCAACAAAAUAUCCAUUUUAUGGUCUGCCCCAGAGGAACCCAGUGGCAUUCUUCAAUCAUACCGACUCCAAAGAAAUGAUGUUCCAUUUCCUUUUAGCUUUGAUGCCACUACUUUCAACUACACUGAUGAAGAAUUGCUACCCGAUUCCACAUACCACUAUGCAAUAACCGCUUGUACCAUGGGAGGCUGCUCCACCAGUGACCCAACCAGCAUCCGAACACUGGAGGCAGCACCAGAGUUAGUGAACCCGCCCUCUGUGGAAGACCUUAGUUCCACCCAAAUGAAUGUAUCUUGGUCACCACCUCAAAUUCAAAAUGGAGAAAUUACAAAGUAUAUUUUGAAAUUAAAUGGGGACGAGCUCUAUGUUGGAAAGGGUUUGUUCAGGACAGUGUUGAAUCUGCAGCCAUAUACUAAGUAUGACAUCACAUUGGUUGCCUGCACUAAUGGGGGCUGCACAGCCAGUGCAUCCCAGUCUAUUUGGACGAUGGAGGCUCCACCAAUUAACAUGGAUACUCCUAGAUUGGUAGUGACGGGUUCAGAAUCAAUAGAAAUCACAUGGAAGGCUCCUGACAACCCAAAUGGUAAAAUUCAAAGUUAUGAGCUGAGGAGAAAUGGGUUUCUGGUUUAUUCUGGUCUGGAUACUCGUUAUCAUGACUUCAUGCUUACUCCAGGACUGGAAUACAGCUAUACGAUUACUGCAAAAAACACUCAAGGAAGUGUUACCAGCCCCCUAGCUAAAAUUAGAACCAACCCCUCUGCCCCAUCUGGAAUGUUACCUCCUAAGUUGCAAGCAUGGUCUGCGGAAACAGUUUUGGUAACUUGGGAUCCUCCAGCAAAGGUUAAUGGGGAUAUAAUCAAUUAUACAGUCAUUCUUCGAGAACCUGUUGAACUAGUAAAGAGAACUGUUCAUCUGAAUUCAUCUCAUGUUUCCUUUGGGAGACGAUCCUACUUCUCAGAAGAACUGAAACCCUACCAUAGGUAUGAAGUCCAAGUACAAGCCUGCACGCUCCUUGGUUGCACAUCCAGUGAAUGGGCAUCUGUUCAAACUCUCGAAGCACCCCCUGAAAUGCAGCCAGCCCCUCUUACAGACAUACAAUCAAGCCCUGAUGGAUUCCAGCCUGUUCUUUCCAUUGUGUGGACAGGCCCAAAGAAGACAAAUGGAAAGAUCUUACAUUAUGAGCUUUACCGAAGAAAGGCAACUCACAGCCAGCUAAACCUAGAUGUGACGCUUGUUUAUAAUGGUUCAUCCACAUCCUUCAAAGAUGCCAAGCUCCUGCCCUUUACAGAAUACGAGUAUCAGGUUUGGUCUGUUAAUUCAGCAGGCCGGGCUGCUAGUAGCUGGACCCAAUGUAGGACAGGCCCAGCUCCUCCUCAAGGCCUUCAUGCACCUCUGUUUGAUAAAGUGGCAUCUACUUUAGCAGUGGUGAGCAUCAGCCCUCCUCUUAAGCCAAAUGGAAUAGUCAGUCUCUACAGGCUAUUCUCCAGUAAUACCAAAGGAAAAGAUGUGGUGCUGUCUGAAGGAACAUCCACCCAGCAAACAAUCCAUGGACUCAAGCCUUUUACCACCUAUUCUGUUGGGGUAGAGGCCUGCACUUGUUUCAACUGCUGCAGCAAAGGACCAGUGGCACAACUCACCACUCAGCCAGCCCCGCCCUCUGAACAGCCUCCUCCUUACGUACGAAGCAUGACUUCGAGGAAUGCUUCUUUACAGUGGGAUGCACCUCGGGAACCCAAUGGUAUUGUGAGAAGGUAUGAGCUUCACAUGUACACAUCCUGCCCCCCUCGCCAUUUACAGCCAACAGAAAGGACUUGUCAACCAGGCCCUGUUGAAGUGAAAUACACAGGAGAUUUCCAGAGUUCCAAUGUGAGUGAUCUGCAGCCUUAUACAACCUACAACCUGAGAGUGGUGUCCUACAAUUCAGUAGGCAGUACUACUUCAGAAUGGAUCAGCUUCAUGACCAAAAAAGAGGUACCACAAUACAAAGCUCCAUUUACUGUUGUCAGCAAUUUAUCUACAAUCUACCUUGACUGGAGUCACACCUUCCUACUGAAUGGGCCGUUGAAGGAAUAUGUGCUAAUGGAGGGAGGGCAACGCAUCUACAGUGGCUUUGACACCAGCCUGUAUUUGCCAAGGACAUCUGACAAAACCUAUUUAUUUCAGAUAUCUUGCACCACUGAUGUAGGAAGUGCUAUAACACCAGUGAUCAUGUACAACACUGCUACAGGACUUGGUCCCGUGUUAACAACCCCAGGAGAAAACCAUGAAGCUGAAACAAAGCAGGCAGCCUUCUACACAGAGCUGUGGUUUGCGGUACUAAUGGCUAUCCUUGGCUUGAUCCUUUUGGCAGUUUUUCUCUCCCUAAUUCUACGGAACAAAAUAAGCAAGCAGCCGUAUGCACGGGAGAGGCCUCCUUUGGUCCCGCUUCAAAAGAGGAUGUCGCCGAUGAGCGUAUAUUCACAAGGAGAAACACACAUGGGAUUGGCAGAUACAAAAAUUCCAGGACCCGGCUCUCCUAUCAGUUCUCGGAGCAAUCAAAGUACUUCUGCCCUUCGGGUACCAAGCCAAAGCCAGAUACAGCGUACUUACUCUCAAAGUUCCCUGCAUCGAAGUGUCAGCCAGCUUAUUGAUGUAUAUGACAAAAAGUCCUUAAUAGAAGAUACUGUUUGGGAUACUAUUAUUCACGGUCAUGACAGUGGUUUGUAUGUGGACGAUGAAGAUCUGGUGAGUGCUAUCAAGGGCUUCAGUACUGUCACAAAAGAACACACAACAUUUACUGAUACACACUUGUGAGCAGUACCCCACUACUAUCCUACAGGCAAAGUAAUAGGGACAACAUUCUGCUUCCUCACCCAUGCUGGCUGAAGAGAUUUGCCUCAAUCAUUCAUUGUGAAUGUGCCUACUGAAACUUUACCAAUAUGAUUGAUCUUGUUGGAAGUAAUAGUUUGGUGUCUGUCUGUCUGUCUGUCUCCCACCCCACCCCCAUGUCAGCAUUGUACAAAAUGUAUAACAAUGUAGUAUUUCUAAUAGGGGUAAGACUUCCAUCUUAUUGCAGAGCUUUUACAAAGUGAAUUUUAUAUAGCACAAAUUAUGUAGUUUUUAAAAUAUGGUUUUAACACAUGUAUACCUAUGCCAGAAACAUCUGUUGAGUACCACUUUUAAUAGUAUGGAAGAAAAUCAUUGUUAGCAAAAGUUUAGAAAUUUAAUUUUGAUAUAAACUACCACCAUUUAGAAUAUAACUUCUUCAAACAAAUGGUAGUCAAAUUAAAUACAUCUUGAAUAUCAGAAAUCUGGAUUACUAAGCAUCUUAUUACAGUUCAUGCUGCCUUAAGCUCCCUUAUGUGAAGAUAUGAGUAAAAUUCAUGAUUGUCCCAACAAGGCCUCAU